AUGCUUUCUAUCGUCUAUCCGAAGUGUUCCAAAGAGUAUUUCAGCGCCAUUAGCGACCUUCUCCGGAGAUAUGGAGUUGGAAAUGUUGUUGAAUGUGACUCUCUGUCUGUUCCAAGCAUACCAACUGGAUAUGAAGAGGUGAUUUUGGUGAACAGUGCUCAUCAAUUCUCAAACUCAGCCAUCCGGCGGGUGACAUUUCGAACUGCACGUUUGCCAAAGGCAUUCGUCGUCUGGGAUAGCCCACUUCAGCAACAAGUCUUCAUUAUAAGGGUUCCUCUUGCUACUUUCGCAGAACAACAGAGUAUCCACCAACAAAUUUCACCUACGAUCAAUGCACUGGUGCAACAGAAAACCUUGGUCUCCUUUACCAUGCAUGAGUUUUGCUCUAACAGUGCAACUUCCGUCGGUGGAUCUUUCUCUGAUUCAGGGGUGCACCAAUACUUUGCCAAAGUUGCGAAGGGCCGUGGUGCCCAAAAGCUGUUGGACGAAAUCCAGAUGUAUCAAUCCCUACCGGCCGAUCUGAAAGACUAUUACCCCCAGCUUCUUUUUCAAUCGGAGCAGAUGGAAACAGUUAGCAUGGGAACGCAUUUCCAAGACUUUCCCAAUAUGCGGGACCUUUUUCUGAACGGAGAUCUUUCCGCGGCCGAGGUCGCUCAAAUUCUGUCGGAAGUUCUGGAUUAUGAGUACAACAGAGCAUUCCUCGAGCAUAAACAGCCUACGCCACCAAAUUAUCUUCGCGACUAUCAUUUCCAUCGGGUCUGGCGUCGCCUGAUGAUGUCCGUUGAGAUUGAUCCUAUUUUCAGCCAGCUUCUCUCUGCCCAUUCGUUGGAGAUCAACGGCCAGAGGAUGGCGAAUAUCCCAGCAAUGCUACGAUCGAUCGAAGAUAGUGAUGAGGCGUUGCAGCGUCUAGAUCCAGGAGGCGUUUCGCCCUUCAUUCAUGCCGAUUUGCAUCUAGGGAAUAUUAUAUGCGACGUCAAAACGAACCGGUUCUGGCUUGUGGACCCGCGCGGUUAUCCCGUUUGCGAUAUCUAUUAUGAUUUGGGAAAGCUCACCCAGAGCACCUAUAGCUGCUAUGAUCUCUUGCAUGAAGGUCGCCAUGAAGUGAGAUAUGAAGUGAACGGCGAUGUAGCUACUAUCAACUACCAUUUCCUCACACCUAUCCUGCAAGAGCAAUACGCAGACCUGGACGAGCGCUUGAAGCCAAUUAUAAACCAGCUGCUCGAUGCCAACAUCGAGGGCCCCGAUGUGGACUUACGCAUUCGAUUCAAUGAAGCUAUGCAUUACUGUUCACUUAUGCCAUUCCAUAUCCAUCCAGAAGCUCAGCCAUCCCUUGCCGUUCCAAUUUUUGCAAGGGGUGCAAAACUUCUAGCGGACGUGGUUGGCCUUCUUGGCAUCAGCAUGGAUGAAUGCGCGGGCAGGCAAGCCGGCGGAAUGGAGCGCUUGGCUGAGAUGGGUCAUGCGAGAUGGUGCUUCGACAGUUAA